AUGAAGAAUGACAAAUGGGAUGAAGAGUCUUGUUCUACAAAAUCUAACUUUAUCUGCUAUGAUGAACACAACAAGACCGGCCAAACAUUUCAUAUCAUUGAAGAUAAGAAUAAGAUGACCUGGCCAGAGGCUCAGAGCUACUGCAGAGAUAUUCACACUGACCUGAUCAGUGGAGUCAAACAGCUAAAAGACUUCAAGACACAGUACCCAAAUCAUGCAAAAACACCUGUCUGGAUCGGCCUGUUCAGAGACUGCUGGAGUUGGUCAGAUGGGAGAAAUUUCUCUUUCAGAUCCUGGGAGACAGAUUCAGUGAUCCUGAUCAAGGAGAACAAGACCUGGGUGGACGCGUUAUACUACUGCAGAGAUCACUAUCGUGAUCUUGUCUCCAUCACCAACCAGGACGAGCAGCUCUGGGUCCAGGAGAGAGCCAAGAUGGCCUCCACUCCCUACGUGUGGCUGGGACUGCGCUACACCUGCACUCUGGACCUCUGGUUCUGGGUCACUGACGAGAUGGUCUGCUACAACAACUGGGGCCCCGGCCAGCCUGGGGACGACUGCACCACGGCUGGAGCCAUGGACCGAGAGGGAACGUGGGUCAAAAAAGACGACGACAACCAGCUUAAUUUCAUCUGUUCCAAGUAAAAACCAGCAGAAUGAAACUAAGUACAUUUACUCAAGUACUGUACUUUAGUAAUAAUGCAGUUGAGAUGA